CAUAAUUGUUAUUCAGAAUGAGAGAAAUCGUACACAUCCAAGCCGGUCAGUGUGGUAACCAAAUUGGUGCCAAAUUCUGGGAAGUCAUCUCCGAUGAACAUGGAAUCGACCAGAGCGGUACUUACCACGGAGAUAGCGACCUCCAGCUGGAGCGCAUAGAUGUCUUCUACAAUGAAGCUACCGGUGGAAGAUACGUUCCACGCGCUGUACUCAUGGACCUCGAACCCGGAACCAUGGAUUCAGUGCGCGCCGGACCUUUCGGACAACUAUUCAGACCAGACAACUUCGUAUUCGGUCAAACCGGUGCCGGUAACAACUGGGCCAAGGGUCAUUACACCGAAGGUGCGGAACUUAUCGACUCAGUCCUUGAUGUCGUACGCAAGGAAGCAGAAGGAUGUGAUUGCCUGCAGGGAUUCCAAAUUACACACUCACUCGGUGGAGGUACCGGAAGUGGUAUGGGAACCCUACUCAUCAGCAAAAUACGCGAAGAGUACCCAGACAGAAUCAUGGAAACUUUCUCUGUUUUCCCAUCACCAAAGGUCUCCGAUACCGUCGUAGAACCUUACAACGCCACUCUCUCUGUGCACCAACUAGUAGAAAACGCCGAUGAAGUACAGGUCAUUGACAAUGAAGCGCUGUAUGAUAUCUGCUUCCGUACACUCAAGUUGACAACGCCAACAUACGGAGACCUCAACCAUCUGGUUUCAGCAGCCAUGUCCGGUGUAACAUGCUCACUGCGAUUCCCCGGACAACUCAACUCUGACCUCAGGAAACUUGCCGUUAACCUUAUCCCCUUCCCCAGGUUACACUUCUUCAUGAUCGGAUUCGCACCACUCACCAGCAGAGGAAGCCAGCAGUACAGAGCACUCUCAGUGGCCGAACUUACACAACAAAUGUUCGACGCCAAGAACAUGAUGUGCGCCUCAGACCCAAGGAGAGGUAGAUACCUCACCGCUUGCGCUAUGUUCAGAGGAAGAAUGAGUACCAAGGAAGUUGAUGAACAAAUGUCCAUGGUCCAGAACAAAAACAGCUCAUACUUCGUAGAAUGGAUCCCACACAACACAAAGUCAAGUGUUUGUGACAUACCACCAAAGGGACUCAAGAUGGCCGUCACCUUCGUAGGAAACUCUACCGCCAUCCAGGACAUGUUCAAGAGAGUAUCAGAACAAUUCACAGCCAUGUUCAGAAGAAAGGCCUUCCUUCACUGGUAUACCGGAGAAGGUAUGGACGAAAUGGAAUUCACAGAAGCCGAAUCGAACAUGAACGAUCUAGUCAGCGAAUACCAACAGUACCAAGAAGCAACCAUCGACGACGAUGCCGAUGACAUGGUAAAUGAUUAUUGAAUAACAUAUGUGGAAUAACA